CAGCACGAUGCUAGCGGUGGUGCUCUUUCAGCUUUGGUGCGUCGCUGAAGGUCACUUUAACGUUUUCAUAGAACCGGCUGAGUUUAUGAAACUUUUAGGAAUCAACACUGACGUAGUGUAUGUAAAAGAGGGAGUGGUAAACACGUACGCACUUAACUUCGUAAUGCAAGUGCCGGCGAACAUAUCGGACCUUCAAUUUUCAUGGCAGAGACUUACGAAAUACCCGCUGCCAUACGUUUUGUCGAUACACUACGACAAUCAGGGCGCAAUGCUGCCUCCCCAAAUGAAUAUUUCAUCCGCCGGAAUAAUUCCUGCAGCUGUGCAGACCUUUAGGAUACAGCUCAUAUGCACCGGGGCGAAAAGCGCAGAGGUCCAGAUUCUUCUCCAACUAAAUGUUACUCAUCUCCAAAACGAAACUUCAAUUAACUUUCGAAGAAAUAAAAUUUGUAAAAAAGGAGUAGUCCCACCUGUGGGGUCGAUUAUAUUAGAUCCAGAGGGAUUGGCGAGUUCAAACAGGUCCCUCUACGUAGGGGUAGCUUCGGCAAUCGCAAUGAUUGCCCUCGUUAUCAUCACGACAUCGGCCGUUUGCAUAAGGACAAAGAAGACGAGGUCCGAAGACGACGCCGAUUACGUAGGCGUCGUCUACGAUCGGAGUCGACACGUGUUUGUCCACUUGGGUUCUGCAAUCGGUGGACGACCCUCCAGCGAUGAAAGCGGAAGCUAUGCGACCAUCGCCAGCAUCCACAAGACUCCACCAUCGCCAUCUCCUUAUGCAAGUACCGACAACCAAAGGAUAUCAUAUUACGCCUCAUCGCAAAUUAUAUUUCUCUCGCAGACACCUUUACAAGAUCCACACCUACGAGACCCAAGCGAUAGAUUGCGUUCGUUAUCGUUACCAAAAUCGUCAAUUACAUUGGAAUCUAUCGUCCAAGAAGGAAACUUUAGUAGAAUUUACAAAGGAAGAUUGGAAUCAAAUCAAGACGUGAUUAUAAAAACGGUAACGGAAUCGGCGUUAAAAUUGCAAACGUCGAUGUUCUUAACAGAAGGAACUAUGAUGUUUGGAUUGAAGCACAAACACAUUCUUCCGGUGAUUGGGGCGAACGUAGAUGACGAAAGGGGUCCGUUGCUGGUGUAUCCUUACGCGGGCAAAGGGAAUUUAAAAAGGUUCCUCAUACAGUGCCGACAGAGAACCAAGGACCAGCACCCGUUGUCGACUAGAAUUUUGGUUGAUUUUGGUAUCCAAAUUAUUUUGGGAGUUAUGUACUUGCACAACCAAUGUCUUUGUCAUAAAGAUUUAGCAACCAGAAACUGCGUGAUUGAUGAUAGACUCGAAUUGAAAAUAACUGACAGCGGAUUAGCGAAGGAUCUGUUUCCAGACGAUUAUUGUUGCUUAUACGACAAUGAAAAUCGCCCUAUCAAAUGGCUAUCAAUCGAAACUUUAACACAUAAACAAUUUACCGCAGCUUCUGAUGUGUGGUCUUUUGGUAUCGUUUUAUGGGAAUUAAUCACGUUAGCUCAACAACCAUAUAUUGAUAUCGAUUUCUUUCAAAUGAUCGACCAUCUUCAAAAGGGACACCGUCUACAUCAACCGUUAAAUUGUCCCGACGAACUUUACGCUGUCAUGAAAUGUUGUUGGGUUCAAAAUGUCAUAGAAAGACCUAGUUUCGGACAAUUGCUGUCAUACCUCCGAGAUUUUCGUCUAUCUUUAGAUAAGUAUAUUUAAUAUCUAUUUUAUAUACAUUUAUUUGCGAAGAAGUCUGUGUGUUUUGAUCGGAAUACAGGGUGAGAUAAUGGGAUCAAUAUAUAUAUAAUAAAUAUAUAUAGGGUGUUUCAUAAUAUAUGCGCAGGACUUCAGGAUGUAAUAGCUUGUCCAAAAAUUUAAAAAAAUGUUAAUCAUAUACAGUCAUAUGAAUUCGCGACCAACAUUUUUAUUGUCUUAAUAUAAAAUAGUUCUAUAACAAAGAUCACGAGCUUCUAUCAUUAAGCCGAGGUCGCGUAGCGGGCGAGGCAGUGCCUCGAUAGCUUUUUUUUUUUCAACGGUUGAUUGCAACACCUCGACUAUAAACGAUCUCAUCUAUAACAAUUCACGACCAACUUCUUCAUUAUCUCAAAAUAGAAUAAUUAGUUGUAUAAUAACAUGAUGAUGUUUUAUUAAUAAGCCGAGGUCGCGUAGCGGGCGAGGCAUAUCCUCGAUACCAUUUUCUUUAAGGGUGUCGAUUAUAACACCUUGGCUAUAAAUAAUCUCAGCCAUAUGAAUUCGCGACCAGCAUUUUCAUUGUCUUAAUAUAAAAUAAUUCUAUAACAAAGAUCACGAUGUUCUAUCAUUAAGCCGAGGUCGCGAAGCGGGCGAGGCAGAACCUCGAUAGCUUUUUUCUUCAACGGUUGAUUGCAACACCUCGGCUAUAAAGGAUCUUAGCUAUAACAAUUCACGACCAACUUCUUCAUUACCCCAAAAUAGAAUAAUUAGUUAUACAGGGUGUAUCUGAAUGACUGCAACAAACU